AUGAAGCUCGCCAAAGCCGCCCGGGAAGCUAAGGAGAAGGAGCGUAUAACUAAAGAAGCCGCUGAACGCCUCCGCCAGGAGAGAGAACAAAAAGAGCGAGCUAAACUUGAUAAGGACCAACUCGAGCAAGAACGGAUAGCCAAGGAACGAGAGAAGCGAGACCGUAUUGAGAAGGAACGCCUCGAGAAGGAGCGUAUCGAACAGGAACGAAUAGCCAAAGAGAAGGAGGAGCGGGAACGGCGGGCGAAAGAGGCUACUCACCGGGUACGGGCAGAGAAGGAGAGACUCGCUAAGCAACGAGCCGAGGAAAAAGAGCGGAAGCUGGCUGAGGAAAAGGCUCGACGAGAACAAGAGGAGAGAGAGAACUCCGACCACUAUAAAAUGGUCAAAGAGAAGGAAAGGGCAAUACGGGAGAAGCUUGAACAAGAUCGCCUGCAACGAGAGGAAGCCGAAAGGCAGCAAGAGGCAGCCUUGAGGGAAGAGGAGAAGAGGUUGGAGAAGGAGAGGGAGAGGCUAGCAAGGGAAGCAGCGGAGCGAGUGCGAAAGGAGAACGAGGAGAGUGAAAAGUUUCGACGUGAGUUGAUGGCGGAGGUAGAGGCUAGUAGAAUCCAGGUCGAGAACGAGAAGCGGGAGAAGGAGAAGAGGGAACGCUUAGAGCGAGAGCAUGUGGAGAAGGAGAGGGAGGAGAAGGAGGCCAAACAGCGAGCCGCUGCCGAAAGACUGAAGCUGCAAAGGGAAAAGGCGGCUGCAAAGGCUGUUGAACGGGAGCGUCUUGAGAAGGAGGAGCGAGAAAGGAUUGAGAUGCUUAAGGCAGAAAGAGAGAGGCAGGAAAAGGAGCAUGAACGGCAGAAGGUUGAGAAUGAACGCAUGGGACGUGCGGAAUGGGAACGUCAACAGCAGCAUCGCCAGCAAAGACUCACUAGAGAACGGUCUGAACGGGCUAGCUGGGAACGAGAACGGUUGCCCUCAACGCCCAAGAGAGCAGGUUCUCAUUCCCCAUCGAAAGCUGCAUACCAAACACCCCCUUCGUCUAACAGAAGGCCCAUGUCGGAUACUACUAACCUCCCACCUUCCCCUGCAAAGCCGACCACCCCUGUGCCACCUAGGAAAAAGUCGUUCCAUGAGCACCACGAUUCGCUGCCCCCAGUACCUCCACCUCACCGAGUGCUGUCCUCUGAGUCUUCGUCGACAUCAACCCGGAAAUCACGCACUCCCCCGCCCCCUCCUCCGCCUCCACAUUCCUCAACUUCAUCAGCAACUACAUCUCCCCGCCCGCUGCCACGGCAGCCCUAUUCCAAUUCUGAUCCAUCCAAGAUUGUUCUGAAGGCGGUAUUCACGUUUACGGCUUCACAACCGUUGAAGCCACAAUCGACGCUCAUUCCAGGUCACGGUGGGCUCAGUGAAGGUUUAAUUUUGAAGAUGACCACUGAGGGGCUAUUCAUCGACGAUGCUGUACGAAACCAGGCACAGCGCGAAUGGGAUAUCAAAGCAUGGACAGUCAGACUUAUUGAGAUAUUCUGUCCGUGUUAUGUUGCCCCGCCAGCUCCCUCAACGUUGAAAGAGAAACCCUCCAAUCCGGUACGCCGGCUCUUCAACCAGAGCUCCUCUACAGACAAGGGCGGCCCAACCGAGGAGGAAAUGGAUAACAUUGUCGAUGGUAUCCAGCGAUGUUGCUAUAGGGACUGUUUCCAGUUGAAGCGUGGUGGAGGCCUUCUGGGGGGAACACAUGUCAUACGUGCCAACAUCCGGGACGGAGAAGGCACCCGAUACGUAUUCCUAGUGGACGAAGAAGAGGGAUGGAAAAUUGAAGAAGGCAUGCGCCGCCUUCGAGGUGGGAGUCUAGCACGUGCCCUAGUAGUGGAGUCUAUGGGACGGGAAGAAGCCGGAAAGGUAUUGAGAUCUGUACAUGUUCCGACCGCCGCUUGAUUUUUAUUUUCAUAGUUUUCCUUAUCUUUGUUUAUUUCAUUGGGAAUCUCUCUAUCAUCACGUCAUCCCUUCAACUUAGUAUACCCGGAGUUUCUAUUUUCUGUCUGUUUUUUCCAUAACAUACCACUGAGCACGGAGUUUGAAUUUGAGUUUCCUUUUUUCUGUAUGUAUGUAUAGACGACGACGAUACGGUAUGCAUGAGUUGGUUCGAGUCCAUCUACGCUCGGGGAGGAAGAGACGGGAGUUUGGGAGUAACUUGAUCAUGUAUGGAAUUUCGUUAUUUUUUGCUCCAUUCUAAAUCUGGGGCAAUUGUGUUUUGGAUAUCAUGAAUAUUUCAGAGAUUCUUGGCGGUUACAACUCGAAAA